AUGGCUGCUGCUUCUUUGUUCUCGCCUCUCUCGUCCGGGACUAUUGAAAUGAGUAGCUAUAAUUUUUCUUCAUUUCUUCAUAGUCCAAAGCUCAUAUUCACUGCUAAGCCCAGAAAAAUUGCCUUUCGGAGAUGUGGGUUUAAGUCCCCAGUAGCUCAGAAAUCAUUUGACCACAUACCCAAACAGUUCCGAGAAGAGAAUCUUAAGGAUGGAUUGGUGGACAACUACAAAAAUGCACCUCAGUAUCUUUAUGGCCUUACUCCUUCACAGAUGGAUAUGUUCAUGACAGAAGAUAAUCCUGUCAGACGGCAGGCAGAAAAAGUCACUGAGGAAAGCAUCUCAUCAUCCUGCAAUUAUUUAAAUAAUGGUGGAAUGUGGAGUCUUUCUGGCACGAAUGAAAGAGGCCCCUCAAAGUAUAGCAUGAGUGUCAGUAUGUACCGUGGAGGAGCUAGAGGAUAUGGAAGACCCAGAACCGCUCCUCCUGAUUUGCCAUCUUUGCUUCUAGACGCUCGAAUUGUCUAUCUUGGAAUGCCAAUUGUACCAGCCGUAACUGAGCUUCUUGUCGCUCAGUUUAUGUGGUUGGAUUAUGACAGCCCAUCAAAGCCCAUAUAUCUAUACAUAAACUCAUCUGGCACCCAGAAUGAGAAGAUGGAGACUGUUGGGUCUGAGACUGAGGCCUAUGCUAUUGCUGACACCAUGGCUUACUGCAAAUCAGAUAUCUAUACAGUAAAUUGUGGCAUGGCAUAUGGUCAAGCAGCAAUGCUUCUAUCACUUGGAGCGAAAGGUUAUCGUGCAUUACAGCCAAAUUCAUCCACUAAGUUAUAUCUGCCAAAAGUGAACAGAUCGAGCGGAGCUGUCAUAGAUAUGUGGAUUAAGGCCAAAGAACUAGAUGCCAACACAGAGUAUUACCUCGAGCUGUUAGCCAAGGGAAUUGGGAAACCAAAAGAAGAAAUUGAGAAGGACAUCCAACGUCCAAAAUAUUUCCAGGCGAAGGAGGCAAUUGAGUAUGGCAUUGCUGACAAGAUCAUUGAUUCAAGAGAUAAUGCAUUUGAAAAACGGAAUUAUGAUGAGAUGCUUGCUCAAUCAAAAGCAAUGAGGAGAGCAGCAGUAGGUCCACAAGCAGCUCCCUCCGGGUUCAGAAAAUCACAUUAA